GUUAAUAAUGCAACGGCACGUGUACAAACCAAAAAAGUGACCACCGUUCCAAAUGUUGUACUGACAAAAGAUGGUGCCAUACCGGCUCCAGCUCUAGUUUGUGUACAAUGGCCUGAAGCUGCUGUAGCCGCUGCUGCUAUGCGCGGUGUGGCCAUACAACGUGGACAUGUCGGUGUCGUUGGUGCUCCCUUCAAUCCAGCUUUAGCUGCUGCUGUAGCCGCUCAACAACAGCAACAACGUCAUGCAGCUGCAGUCGCCGCCGUGGCUGCCCACCAGCAGCACCAACAGCAACAACAACACUUGGGUUUACAACAGGCCCUACAGGCACAAUCUAAUGCUAAUGCAGCAAAUGCUGCUGCAGCCGCCGCCAUGCAACCCAGUGCCCAACAACAAUUACAAAGCCUCGCUCAAACGGCCACAGCACAGACAGCUCCUUCGGCUGCUGCCGUAGCGUAUGCAGCACGUCUUUCCACCGCUCCACCAGCUCAACCCACAGCCGCCUCAAUGGCUGCAGCUGCCAAUGCAGCAGCUGCUAAUGCCGCGGCAGCUGGUACCACAUUGCAUGGAUAUGCACCUGUUUACUUUGAUCCCUACUUAGCAGCCGCUGCAGCUCAAGCUGAUCCCAAUUUACGUUUUCAGGCAGCGAAACCGGUCACAGAAGUUCCAGCAGCACAGCCAGCCGCAAUUAUAAAUCGCCGCACUGUGACAACGCUAAACAGUAACCCACAUACGAUCAACCGCAUACCGGUACCACAGAAUGUUUUGGCUACUGGUCCUCUGUUAAAGACACCCUUGUCUCAGGCUCAACAAGCUUAUGCUACUGCUGCAACUACAUAUACUGCUGUGGCAGCUAGAGCAGCUUAUGGUGCUGCUGCUGCUGCAGCAGCUCAGCCAGCUUUGGCUGGUUAUGCCACCGUUGCGGGCUAUGCCCGAGAAUAUGCUGAUCCUUAUUUAGGACAUGGUAUUGGACCUGUGCCCGGCUAUGGGGCAACCAUAUAUCGUGGAGGAUUCAAUCGUUUUACGCCAUAUUAAAUUUUCAAUAAAAUGUUUCAUCAUUGAAAAUAUCAACAUAUAAUUUUCAAAAUACUCAUAAAUUUUAAUGGAAAAAUUACAAAACAACAUUUUCAAAUACUCAUCAUCAAGAACAGGGGUUGCAAAGAACUAAGAAAACAACAAAAAUCUUAAAAAAUAAUGCUCAAUUUAAAAAGAAAUGAUAAAAUACUCAUUUAAAAAAACGCAUAAUUUAAA